AUCACUAGAGCCUAACGUUGCGUGAACGCGGCGAGAGAGGAAACUUCUUGUUGUAGACCUAGCCGCUUUGCAACUGUUCUGUUGUUAAAGUUGUUUUAUAUUAAACACUGCCUCUGGUUCCUACAAGUAGGGCUGUGUUCUUUGGGCUUUUCGGAUAUUGAGACGCCAGGAUGUCCCUGCCGAAGAGAGAGGUGGAGGAGCUGCGGCCCUGGGUGGAGCGCACGGUGAAGAAGGUGUUGGGCUUCUCGGAGCCUACAGUCGUGACGGCGGCGCUGCAUUGCGUGGGGAAGGGUCUGGACAAGAGGAAGACAACAGACCAGCUCCGGCCGUUCCUGGAUGAGUCAGCGGGUGGUUUCGUGGAGCGGCUGUUUGAAGCCUUGGAGGAGAGUCGGAAUUCCCGUGGCAGUAAGACGGGUGGAGAGAAGCAUCGAAAGCGAGACCUGAAGGAUGUUUUUGGGGAGGACUCUGAAACUGGAAAAGAGCCACCCAUCAGCAUGGAGCCGGUGGUAAAGAAGAAACGCGUCCCUCGCUUCGAGGAGGUGGAGGAGCCGGAAGUGCUGCCAGGGCCUCCUCCCGAGAGUCCGGGCAUGCUCACCAAGAUGCAGAUCAAGCAGAUGAUGGAGGCGGCGACCAGGCAGAUCGAGGAGCGGAAGAAGCAGCUCAGCUUCUCGGCUCCGGUUGCAGCGCCUCCAACGGACUCCUCUACCACCAACCGCCUCCUCCCCACGGUGCAGCCCCCCCUGACUUCCUCACAGUCCAUCCCACCCUCCCAGGCGGCCACAUUCAUGAACGACGCCAUCGAGAAGGCGCGCAAGGCUGCCGAGCUGCAGGCCCGCAUCCAGUCACAGUUAGCCAUGAAGCCGGGCAUCCUGGGCGCACUGGGUACCGGCUCUCACAAUCUGGUCGCCCUGGCUAACCUGCACGCCAUGGGCAUCGCCCCCCCAAAAGUGGAAGCUCGGGAAGUGACCAAGCCAACUCCCUUGAUCUUGGACGAACUCGGCCGAACGGUUGAUGCCAGUGGCAAGGAGGUGGAGCUCACUCACCGCAUGCCAACUCUGAAGGCAAACAUCAGGGCCGUGAAGAGGGAGCAGUUUCGGCAGCAGCUGAAGGAGCGUCCAGGUGAGGAACUGGAGUCCACGUCCUACUUCGACCAGCGGGUCUUCGUCCCGAUCCCCCAGCGUCCCCGCAGGGGCUUCAAGUUUCACGAGAAGGGCCGCUUUGAGAAGAUCGCCCAGCGCAUCCGCACAAAGGCCCAGCUGGAGAAGCUGCAAGCUGAGAUAGCCCAGGCAGCCAAGAAAACGGGCAUCCAUGCAUCCACCAAGCUGGCUCUGAUCGCUCCUAAGAAGGAACUGGGAGAUGGGGAGGUGCCCAGUAUCGAGUGGUGGGACUCCUACAUCCUGCCGUCUCACAUGGAAAUUUCAUGCACAACGACGUUUGACACCAUCGAUCUAUUUGGGGUGACAAACCUGGUGGAGCACCCGGCUCAGAUCAGCCCCCCAGUGGACACAGACAAGCCGGUCACCUUGGGAGUGUACCUCACCAAGAAGGAGCAAAAGAAGCUGAGGAGGCAGACCCGCAGGGAAGGGCAGAAGGAGAUGCAGGAGAAGGUGCGACUGGGACUGAUGCCCCCCCCAGAGCCCAAAGUGCGCAUCUCCAACCUGAUGCGAGUGUUGGGCACAGAGGCCGUCCAGGACCCCACCAAGGUGGAGGCCCAUGUCCGUGCGCAGAUGGCCAAGAGGCAAAAGGCCCAUGAGGAAGCGAACGCAGCUCGCAAGCUGACCGCAGAACAGAGGAAGGAGAAGAAGGCCAAGAAGCUGAAGGAGGACCUGAGCCAGGGAGUUCACAUAACUGUGUACAGAAUAAGAAACCUGACAAACCCAGCCAAGAAGUUCAAGGUGGAGGCGAACGCGUCCCAGCUAUACCUGACGGGCACGGUGGUGCUGCACAGGGAUGUGAACAUCGUGGUGGUGGAGGGGGGUCCCAAAGCUCAGAAGAAGUUCAAGAGGCUAAUGUUGGGCAGAAUAAAAUGGGAGGAACAAACUAACUCAAAAAGAGAGGAUGGUGAGGGAUCUGACGAUGAGGCGUCCAAGAAAACAAAUAAGUGCAGCCUGGUGUGGGAGGGCACAGCAAAGGAGCGCAGUUUUGGCGAGGUGAAGUUCAAGCAGUGUCCUACGGAGAGCAUGGCCAGAGAGCACUUCAAGAAGCAUGGCACAGAGCAUUACUGGGACCUAGCGCUGAGCCAGAGCGUGCUGGAGUGCACCGACGACUGAGGCGUGCUCUGCCUGUCGUCACUGUGUGGGUGUGACUAAGGGUGGGAGGAGCCUGAGCUAUUUGAGGAUGAUGGUAUUGGUCAUAAAAAGGCUCCUCCUCUUACUCUAAAUCUGGGAUACCGCCAAAGUAUGAGAGCGCAUACAUGCCCUGCAGCAUUGUAUGCUGUCUGUGUAGAUCACUGGCAGUGUGGCCAUGUCAUGCUGUUAAUACAGCGUUUUGUGUGUGCGCGUGUGUCAUGUUCUGGCCAGUUACACUGCUGCUCUGGCUCCAGUACCAACUUAGUCGCCUCGCCUGCAAUUUGUGGGUUUGGCCACACUGUGGCGCCACUUCCACUUAAUGGUGUAAUUUAUCCAGUACAGUUCAGGUUUGAUGUCUGACUCUGCUCUCUGCUUCACUGUAAUAUGCGGAAUUUGAAUCUUUCUAUUCCUCAGUGUCCUGUACAGAUAGGAGACAGCCUGAACCAUACUACUCAUCGAGAUGUACCUAGUUUUUUUUGUCAGCAUUUUAGUGACUUUUUGAAAUUUGUAUUUCAGUUUAAGUAAAAUCCAACUACAAAUUGAAUCGGCAUAUUCAAAGCUUUCUCAGUCUACGUUUUUGCAGAAUAUAUGUGGACCUGUGCGAGCAAUUAAGCGGCGCUACGUUUGUCUGGAGAAAUUGGGUGUGCCUCAAACCAUAAUGCAAGCUGUCACACACAUCACCAAUGUACAUAUUCCUGAUACCCAUUCGGGAUAAUAAAUUUCCAAGAUAAAAGACUUAUUCAUCCUUU